AUGUCUACUCCAGUUUCCCAGCAGGAUACGCAGUUUACAGACACACAGGGUAAACAUGGUGACAGUGGCAAGAACAUGCCGACCAACACAAACGUCACUCCUAAAGCAACACCACAUAUGGAACCUGACGCGCCGAUAUUUGAUGCGACUCCGCAAAUCAAGUCUACUGGCGGCGUCCAACAAGCGGCAGAAACAGACCUGCCCGACAGUGGUCCAUGCUUUGAUCAGACUCCAUCUGAACAUGUUUCUGUUGAAACCGAUCCAGCUACAAACACUCCACAGGUUGGCCAGGCUUCUCUUGAUUCGGAGAUGCAAACUGUGUUAGCUCUACGCGAAUAUUUGUGUGGUCUGCAAUCUGACACCAGCAGGACCAUAAUAGAUUAUGGUGAAUAUUCAGCGACAUAUUCUGAUAUAUAUGAAUCUUUUGCCGAUGGGAAACUUCCAUGA